AUGAUGGGUUAUGGUGCUAUUUCUGGAGAUAGCUAUGCGUAUGCCAAUAGUGGGGACCACCUUAUUGCAGCCUCUGGAGGCAAGGGCUCGGAAGGUCCGAAUCCACGAGACGUGACAUCAAUUAGUGACAAUGUAUCUGGCAACAGAUAUGUUCAUACCGAUCCUAUGCUCGCUGCGCGUAGUUACGAAGAACUGUUGAUUUCUGCAUCCAAGGCACCAGGCGAAGCAUACGAAAAUACAAUAAAAUCAGGAUAUCCGCCUGAUGUGCCCGAGCGCCGAGACGUCCUUACAUCCGGUUUUACAGAGGUUCCAGUUGAAUAUGUUCAGGGUCCACAGGCGCACGAAGCGAUAGAUGCGAGGCCGGUCAAUAACGAUGCGGAGCUCACUGACAAUGCCUCAAAGGCAAUAGUUUCACAGCCAUAUACAUCGGAUGCCCCGCUACAAUAUUCUGCACAGGGUUUGGACACUACACGAGCGGAAGGAACGUUGAUGGUUCCAUUUAGCAAGGGUGAAUCAACGUCACGCGGAAGCACAUCAACGUCGCGUCCAGCGGCUUCAUUCGGUAAUGAAACGCAGAGUUCUUUUCCGUACGAACCUACUGCAUACGUCGGCCAUUCAGGUGUAGAGUAUGACACGGUAUCUCAGGGAGAUAUGUCAUUUGAACGCCGGGAGGGGGAUUACGAAACAGCGUUGCCCAUCGCAAACGUUAGUCGCCUCAUGAAAAGUGUACUACCAGGGACAGCGAAGAUAGCCAAACAGGCAAAAGAUGUAAUAAGGGAAUGUGUAACAGAGUUUAUCCUUUUCGUUAGUUCGGAGGCGAGUGACAUUUGCACCAAGGAGCGGCGCAAAAUACUCAGUGCUGACGACAUUUUUCUGGCGAUGAACUCUUUGGGAUUCGGGCACUAUAAUGAUCCCCUACGUAGCUAUCAGGCAAUGAUUAAGGAACGAGAGCAGGCCGCAAUGUUAGAUUUCUAG